AUGUCUUAUCCUGGUGAAGGAAAUGGAAUGUCAAAUUAUGGACUAAGCCAUCAGACCCCAGAGCAACAAAAACUCCUUUGGGUCGAAAUAGUCGGUCGAGAGCAGCGAAUCAAGAAGAGUCAUAUAGCUAUCAAAGGAGAUACAUCAGGGGUAUGGAAGGGAAGCGGAAAUCAUAAGACUUUCAAUGAGAAAGGAGAGGAAGAAAUCACUUACUUCAACAAUCAUAAACAGCACGAACCACACUCGACUUACGAUCGUCUUUUCCACGUGAAGCAUGGCUACCAGAGUAAGAUACAUAGAGAUGAUCGUGAACAUACACGAGGACUCAAUGUGCAUGACGAGGAAUCCGCUAAAGCCGUUCCAGCUCUCUCCUCUUCAGCAUACGGCCAUCGACCCCCUUUUGAGAAGACGACACGCAAGCACGCCCGCAUCGAGCGAGUAAUGAAAGGAUUUUACCGUCACCGCGGAACAAAUCUACCCGAAUAUGCAACGGAGGCCGAACAUGAACACCAUUAAAACCAAUGAUGUUAACACACACGUGGAGAUUAAGGAAUGGAUAGCAAUUAAUUAAGGUCUCUCUUUCUAUGACGAAUCAUAAACCUCCUUUUCACAAAAAUAGAAUGGAUAUGCUUUCCUUAUAACAAAAUGGAGGAUAGAAAUACAUUUGUUUUUAAAGAAGAGAAAUGUGACCUGGCCACCAUCCCCCCUCAAAAUAAACAAAUUAAUAGAAGUCUCGGUGAAAUCUGGCGGACAAUGGUAAGAAAAGGAGGUCACUAAAUGGAGGAUAGAAAUACAUUUGUUUUUAAAGAAGAGAAAUGUGACCUGGCCACCACCCCCCCUCAAAAUAAACAAAUUAAUAGAAGUCUCAGUGAAAUCUGGCGGACAAUGGUAAGAAAAGGAGGUCACUAUCCAGAAAAAUUAGAAGGCGAAGCGUUCCCCAUUGCUUUCAUAUAUCCAAACCUUUUAAAAUAAUGACUUAUCAAUUUAAAAAAAAAUCAUCAUAAUCAUGAUGGCAAACGAAGCUUUUGAGGCAAUUGAUGGAACAGAUUUCAUCCCAGACAAACAGCCAUCAAACAUUUCUUUCUAUAAUAAUGUAUAAUAAUGUAAGUUUUGAUGGGGAGGGGUAUUCUUUCUGUACAGUCUGGACCUUAAUUAUAGACAUUGUGAAACCAACAAUAAAAUUUACAUAUUCAGACAAUCUAUUACAUCAUUGAAUACUGUACACUGGGAUGGGCGAAAGUGCCUUCAUAAAAUCUCAAUCCUUUGAGUUAUCUGGGGGAAAAUCAUAAAUUGUAUGCAACACAUGUAUGCAUUCAUUUUCAUAUCCCUGAGGCCAAUUCCCAUAAAGAAUUACAACUACACUGUAUGGUGACUUUGCCAUUAUUUCAACUACCAUGGAAACCUUGAUUGUGAUUGGCUGCUGAGCCACGUUACCAUGGUAGUUGCCAUAGUAGCAAUGUUAUAGUUGCAAGCAUUUAUGAAAUGGGCCCCUGGAAUUACAGAUGUUUCCUGGAGAAGCAUAAAGCGGGUAAGGGGAUAAGAAUAGAAAUAAAGUGACACAUUAAU